AUGAAGAGGCUUUUGAUCGUUGUGGUACUUUGUGGGGUCGUGUCCUGCUCUGUCACAGAAAAUGCCUUGCAGCAGGACAAUGAAGUGGGGAUACCGCCUAACACAACGGAGGCUGUCGAUGAGACGAACCCAAAGAAAGCUCAGACAGAGGAAAAAAGACAUCCUCUGUUCCAGUGUCCAGACAUGAGUCCUUCUCCCUCUGUGCCCACCUCAGUUGAAUUUGUGAAGCCGGCAGAUGUUAAAGUCAUCGCUGCUUUGGGGGAUUCUUGGACAACGGCCUUUGGUGCUAAUGCUAGCUCCGUGUUUGGCCUCGCUUUAGAGUUUCGCCAUUUGUCGUGGAGUAUCGGAGGUCACAGGACGUGUCAAGAUGUCAUAACUUUACCAAACAUCUUGAAGUUAUUCAACCCUGAUCUUAUUGGUGCCUCUUCUGGAAUGUCAAACGCCUUCAGGAAAACUCACAUCAAGGAUGCAGGCUUUAAUCUGGCUGUGACUGGAGAUAACACCUCGUGA